AUGGCUGGAGUUACCAUUCCUCCAUCAGGAUGCCGACACUCAAUUCCUGGAAACAAUAUGCCUGGUGUAGGAGGUCAGUGGACACAGAAAACAGAAGGUGUAAAUGGUAGUGGAAGAAGAGGAACUUGGGGUAGCAGUACUGUGGCCUGCAGUUCAGAUCCUCAGACAGAGUUCCAGUGGAAGCCAAAUGUCCCUGUGUCUAUGCCUUGGGCAAGUAAUAGCCAAGGACUCAUGAAUUUUACAGGAGGCACAGUUCAGGCACCAUUUCACACUGGUGACCCUGACAGAGGAUUGCGAUGUAAACGGCGGCUCGCCAAAGAGGAUCUUGACCUUAAUGAACCCAGCAGUAAGCACUUCUUGUCUGAAGAAAUGAUGGCUGCACAGUUCCACUGCCUCAGCUUGAACAAUGAUCACCGAUACGGAUCCAAUGGGUUUCCAAUCAAAUCUGGAAGUACUGCGACUGACCGCCUCAAAUGGCAGCAGUGGCUAAUUGACUAUAACCGCUUCCAGGAACUUGAAGGACGGUUGCGUUUGGAAGAGGAGGAAGAUGAUGAGGGUGCUGAGAGUGAUGCGAAGAAAAACGUGAUAGUGGAGGGAAUCUUUGACAUGAAUGAUUCACCGGUUAUCAGUGUGUCACCUGCACUGCAGGAAAGCCUGAGCAACGCAUCGGACAGCAUCCUCCCCGAGAUGGUGUUACGUUCCCUGGGUCAUCCAUGUAUGGAGAUGGUCCUUUGGAAGCCCCCAGGGAGAAUCAUUCAGGAGACUAUUUGUGCUUUUAUUAGUGGGUCUGAAACUACCCUGGGAUCACAGGUCCAGAAGAAGGCUACAGAGAAGGAGGGAGAGACUAUGACCACUGAGACUGCUGCAGACUGCUCACGUCCUUCGCUCUUCUUGGACCGCAGCACCAAGAUGCAGGUUUUGUUGCCCGAUUGUGAUGAAGAGAUGGAACUGUGAUCUCGUAAAGCUGUGGGGCUUGAGCUUUGGACUGGCCUAUGAAAAGGAAAUUCAAUCUGCAGUCAAUCAAGGAAGACACUUCACAUCUCAUACUUUUGAGAGAUUUAUGGUGGUUUCACAUGGACGUAUGCAGUUAUUAUCACGUACUUUAUUAUUUGUAACUAUCUCCUAAGAGAGUACUCCAUAAAAUAUUUUGUAUAUUUUUUUUAAUGGUCUCAGAAUAAUGUUCUCUGUAAAAGACGUUUGUACAGUGUGAAUGAUGUCAGAUGUGGACAUAAGGGACUGAGGCCACAUUAGUAGUGGUCCAGUCAGCAUCUGUAAAUCGCUGUAAGCCUGAAAAACGGAUCAUUUCGAACAUUUUCUGUGUGUGCGGUGUGUGUUUGGACUGAAGAAAAGCAGACGUUGUUUUGCGGCUAGAGUCAUAUCCCUCCCCCUCUGCAUUUCAUUUCAAUUUGAAGGAACAGUGUAGUUAGCUGCAAGUAACAUUUGACAAGGAAUCUGAUAAAAUGUGCAGCCCUUCGGGGGAUGUCACCACAAGCCCCAUGCCUGUUCAGCUUUAUUGUACUGAGUAGUGUUGCUAUACAUUGUUUUUAUUUUUUAUUUUAUUUUUGUUUUUUUAUUUUUUUUUUUAUAAAGUACUUAGUGCCACUCAUGUAACUUUUUUUAGAAGUAAUGUAUUCGGCAGACCUUAAAGUAAAUGCUUUCUUUGUGCCUGGAAAAUCUAGUUGAGAGUUAAAUUUUGCCAUACAGAAAGCUGCUUUCAAGGAUAUGUUUAAAGUUUGCAGCUGAUUGAGCUUGAUAUAUCAGCAGGUCUUUUGAAAGUUUAGGGGAGGGUACCUUCAGGAGUGGAGAUAGAUCCUGAUUUUGGUGCAGGCUCUGUGACAAGUGCAUGCUAUAAACAUGAGAGUCUACAUAGCAUUUGCAGUGGAAGGCACUCAUGUAGUUAUUCUGUUUGUUAGUAAAACUCAGAUAUUGCAGUCAGCAGCAUGUCGAGUGACAGUAGUUAAAAAAAAUGUUACAGAUGGAAAUAACAAAGUAACUUGUUGAGCACAGUACUGUCUUUUCAGUUGGCAUUUAAAUCAAGUCCUUACUGCAUGCGUUUAGUUUCUGACAGUAUACCUGCUGCUACAGUUUGAUAUUACUUUUUUAUAUUUAGUGUUUAAGAAUACAUUGGAUUUGUUUUCUUAAGAAUGGAGGAAGAUGAGAUAAAAGGCUUUGUAUGUGGCUGUCA